AUGAUCUCUGCUAGAACCUUCAUUGCCCCCGCGCGUCAGUGCUUGCGGACAACACGGAUGUCCCCAAGCUUUGCGUCGCCGGUUUCGCAGUUCCGUCGCUACGCCUCUGCUGCUGAUGAACGGGUUGCCAAGUUCAAGGGUCAGAAGGGUGCCGAUGGAAAAUACACCGUGACCAUGAUCGAGGGUGACGGUAUCGGUCCUGAGAUUGCCCAGUCCGUCAAGGACAUCUUCUCCGCCGCAAAUGCCCCCAUCAAGUGGGAGCCGGUCGACGUCACUCCCAUCCUCAAGGACGGCAAGACCGCAAUUCCCGAUGAUGCCAUCGAGAGUGUUAAGCGCAACUAUGUCGCGCUUAAGGGUCCUCUCGCUACUCCCGUCGGAAAGGGCCAUGUCUCUCUCAACCUUACUCUCCGUCGUACCUUUAACCUCUUUGCCAACGUCCGUCCUUGCCGCUCGGUUGCUGGCUACAAGACCCCCUAUGACAACGUCGAUACUGUCCUGAUCCGUGAGAACACCGAGGGUGAAUACUCUGGUAUCGAGCACGUUGUUGUCGACGGUGUCGUCCAGAGCAUUAAGCUUAUCACCAAGGAGGCUUCCGAGCGUGUGCUCCGUUUCGCCUUUCAGUACGCCCGCUCCAUCAACAAGAAGAAGGUCCGCGUGGUGCACAAGGCCACCAUCAUGAAGAUGUCCGACGGUCUCUUCCUCAAUCUCGCCCGCGACAUCGCCAAGGAGUUCCCCGAUGUUGAGUUCGACGCUGAGCUGCUGGACAACUCGUGCUUGAAGAUCGUUACCGACCCCACCCCCUACAACGACAAGGUCCUUGUCAUGCCCAACCUGUACGGUGACAUUUUGUCCGACAUGUGCGCCGGUCUCAUCGGUGGUCUCGGUCUCACUCCCUCUGGUAACAUUGGUGACGAGUGCUCGAUCUUCGAGGCUGUCCACGGUUCCGCCCCCGACAUUGCUGGCAAGGGUCUUGCCAACCCCACUGCUUUGCUUCUGAGCAGUAUCAUGAUGCUUCAGCACAUGGGUCUGACCGAGCACGCUGCUCGUAUCCAGAAGGCCACUUUCGACACUCUUUCUGAGGGCAAGGCCCUCACUGGAGACCUUGGCGGUAAGGCCAAGACCGCUGAGUACGCUGAGGCUAUCAUGAAGCGUCUCUAA